AAAAAUUCAAACAUUUGCCAGUCAAAUCAAAUGAAGGGAGAGAGGUGCGUCUGUAUGACAUUCGUGAGACUCGCGAGGGGCACCACGGCGAAUGUGGUGAAUGUCGUUCCCUUGUUCUUAGCGGCGUUUAGCUGUUAAAACCGCAUUUUCAGGAGUUGAUUUCAGAUUUCGUCUCAAUGUUUUUAAGCCACAACGGUAAGACGAGCGAAAACUUAGACGCAAACUUCAAACGGGACACAAGGUUCUCAAGCGUUGUAAACGUCAAACAGCCCGCAGCUGAGAUGUCAAUUACGUUUAUACUUUGUUUUCAUGUCACUCGAUGAGUUUGACCUGUGUCGUCCGCAAAUCUCUUUUGUUUGGAAAUGUUGGCCCAACCGAAGCGGAAGUACAUCAAUCCUAGGUAUGGCCAAGCUGUCAUCGGUCCGCCAGGUUCAGGUAAAAGCACGUAUUGCCACAGAAUGCACAGUUUCCUUAGCCGACUAGACCGGAAAGUUUGCGUGAUAAAUUUGGAUCCAGCAAAUGAAAAUAUGACAUACACGGCUGAAAUUAACAUUAUGAACCUUAUAACAGUGGAGGAUGUGAUGUCUCACCUUGGCCUAGGACCGAAUGGCGCAUUAAUGUACUGCCUGGAAUACCUAGAAGCGAAUAUCGAAUGGUUAUUGAAGAACCUUGAGGCGCUCCCGUACGAUUAUUUCAUCUUGGACUGUCCCGGACAGGUGGAGCUGUACACUCAUCACAAGUCUAUAUCUAGGAUUUUCGAAAGGUUGCAGUCUUGUAGUUAUCAUCUCUGCGCUGUGCAACUAAUAGAUUCUCACUAUUGCUCAGAUCCAGCUAAAUUUAUAUCGACAUUACUAAUGUCCCUGAAUUCAAUGCUCCUUAUGGGACUGCCUCAUGUAAACUUACUAAGCAAAGCAGAUUUGCUGAAGCAGUUCGAGUCAAAAUUGCUUUAUAACCUCGAAUUUUACACAGACGUAUUAGAUUUAUCUUAUCUCCUGGAGGCGCUAGACGAUGCACCAGGCAUGCGCAAAUAUAAGAAACUGAACGCAGCAAUCAUUUCCAUGGUGGAGGACUAUGCAUUAGUUUCAUUUCAACCACUUGAUGUACACCGAGAUGAAAGCCUUCUUCGGGUGAAAAACUUAGUGGACAAAGCAAAUGGAUACAUUUACGGGGCUGGUGAGGAACGUAGUAUCAAUUCUCUUCUUGCCUGCGCUGUGGGCGCGGAAUCACACCAAGCCAAAAUCGAAAAGGACAUUAACCCAUAUGUAAGAAAUCCCUUAUAAACCAAUAAACAUCCUAAAUCAGAUUACAAA